CUUUUGAUGACCCUUAACCCAACUCCAGAAGAAAUGGUAAAAAAAACUAGUCACUAUCUUUUGAUUCUUUUCCUUCACCAUGUGUUUGAUAUGGUGCCUAGGCAAAGGAAAAUGGGGCAUCAUAAAUUGAACCACUGUCCUCCUUGGAUGAUCAGAAUUAAGGCACUCUUCAAUCCUCAUAUUAUCAUAUCCUUUCUAGGGACGAGAAACUGUUACUUCUUCCUAGACAUAAUAAAGGAGCCCUCAAAACCACAUUUUUCUUUGCAUUUAUAAGUCCUUAAAUGCAGAACCAGAGGUCAGAGCAGACCUAUUUAAUGACCAUGUAUGUAUAGAUUGAAGUGCCUCUUUUGUCCACCUAAACACUUUCUCUGUCCUAGCAGCCUCAAGUUUUGACCACUUGGCACGCUGUGCUGCAUUGCAGCUAAGCACCACCACCAUCAGUAAUUUACAAAGGGGAAAAACUUGUGUCUAUAUAAGUGGUUGAGAGUUUAGUGUUCAUCCAUAGUUCUCAUUUCUCGCUAGUUUUCCCUGUAGGUGGAUAUUUGAGGAAUCCUUUGACAUAUUUCCUGUCUUUCUUGUUUCUGAGUGUUGAUUUUGUAGGAGAAAUGAGUAGUUAUUUGGGUGUAGGUAUUAGCCCUGGGACUGUCCCAGUUAAUCACAGCACAAAUGUGAAAGUGUUUGAUAGGAGGAUAAGGAUAACUGAGUUGGUGUUAAGGUGUGUGAUACUUGGUUUAGGGGUUCUUGCAGCUGUUCUUGUGGGGACUGAUUCCCAAGUCAAAGAGUUUUUCUCAAUUCAGAAGAAAGCUAAAUUUACAGACAUGAAGGCUUUAGUGUUCUUGGUAGCUGCAAAUGGGUUAGCUGCUGGCUACUCCUUAAUUCAAGGGUUGCGCUGUAUCAUUAGUAUGGUCAGAGGAAGAGUACUCUUUAGCAAGACCCUAGCUUGGGCCAUUUUUUCUGGUGAUCAGGUAAUGGCAUAUGUAACAGUGGCAGCAGCGGUGGCUGCAGCGCAAUCGGGUAUUUUUGCAAAGGUGGGCCAGACAGAACUGCAAUGGAUGAAGAUAUGCAACAUGUAUGGGAAAUUCUGCAACCAAGUGGGAGAAGGGAUAGCUAGUGCUUUUGUGGUUAGCCUAAGUAUGGUGGUCCUGUCUUGUAUUUCUGCUUUCAGUCUCUUCCGUUUGUAUGGUGGUAACAAAAUCAAAAAUGUAUAUUGAUAGGUUAGAAACUACCAUAGAUUAAGUUACUAGCCUACCACUCACUCCCACUGUAACUGUUACUUGGCCAGCAUAAUAGUUCUGCAACUUACAAGGUUUCUUCCUGUAUAUGUAGUAGUGAAAUGGUUCUGGUAAUAUGAUAUGAAAUAUCAGAUAAUAGUUAUUGGCAAUAAAGUUGAAGUU